CGAAGUUUUCGGUUACUCAGCGCACGUGGCUUUCCGUACAUAACGGAAGGGGUUACCGGCAUCGGUGGUGAUCUGGCAAAACAAUGGUAAAUAAUGGAGAUUAUGACAACUAGUGAAACUUAUGUGAAAACAGCACCUUACAAAACAAGUGAAGACCGCCCCCUUUGACGUACACGUUUGAUUCAGACCAAUUAAAAUGGACGCCUUUUACGAGAUUCUAGCCAAUCAGAGUCACCCAGCUCACAGCAAACGAACAGGAAGAAAAGAUGGCGGCGAGGAACGGGAAGAAUGGUCUACUGGAAAAAUGGAGGAUUGAUGAAAAGCCUGUGAAGAUUGACAAAUGGGAUGGUGCAGCGGUGAAGAACUCUCUAGAUGAUGCAGCUAAGAAGGUUUUGAUUGAAAAAUACGGCUACGUUGAGAACUUCAGCCUAGUCGAUGGACGUCUGUUCAUUUGCACAAUCUCCUGCCUUUUUGCCAUUGUAGCUUUAAUUUGGGAUUACCUACACCCAUUCCCAGAGUCAAAGCCAGUCCUGGCAUGCUGUGUCAUUUCAUAUCCUUUUUUCAGCAAACCAGCUUCAAAAGGGAUUAUUUGCUUUGGCGGUUUGAUCAUCACAUAUUUCAUAAUGAUGGGCAUUCUGACCCUGUACACCUCUUACAAAGAGAGGAACAUGUUCCUGAUGGCCAUGCAGAAAGACCAAGCUGGUAUGGACCCAGAUCACAUUUGGCAGCUCUCUUCUAGUCUAAAAAGGUUUGAUGACCAGUAUACGUUAAGAAUGUCCUUCACAGAUGGGAAAACCAAGCAGACGAGGGAGACUGAGUUUACAAAGUCUGUUGGGACAUUCUUUGAUGAGAAUGGAACGUUGGUGAUGGACCAAUUUGAAAAAUGUGCCUCAAAGCUUCAUGACACAUUGGCCACAGAGAAGAAGACAAAGUAGCGUUUAGGCCAAACUGAUGGCACCAGCCCUCUGCGGUCCAGCACACAUGGUAACAUUGGCUCUAGUGGGACAAAACACAGGUGUUAUUCAGGCUUGUGUGUGCUAUCAGAGUUUAGCUAUCAACUGUAACCUUACAUAAAGUCAGCAUAGUGUUUUUUUUUUUAUUGCUUUGUUUAUAAACUGGUCUAUUUUUUUGUUUCAUGGAUCAUUUUUGUGUUCGUUCUUUUAAAUGAAAGUUCAAUUUAUACAAAUGUCUCAGUUUGAUGUUCUUAUAGAAAUAGUUCACCCAGAAAUGAAAAUUCUAUCAUUUACUCACCCUCAUGUUGGUUUUUGUUAUCCACGGCAGAGCAAUACGGUUUUGGAACAACAUGAAGGUGGGUCAAUAAUGACAAUUUUAAUUUUGGGGUGAACUAUUCCUUUGAAAAGAGAGAAGCCAGACAUUUUGCCUGAUAUGCUUAGAAUCAGUGUUCCUCAAUGUCAGUAUAUUUUAGGUACAUUUAAGCACUCAUUUAAACUGUAAUACUGUUUAGUAACCACAAACAGUUCCCAGUAGGCUUUAAAUGUUGGGAGAAUAUUUACAUUUUCAUAAAUCAAAAUGAGUCUUGGAGUGUUUUUGGAUCAGAGUUAAUCUACACAGUCCCCCCAACAUUUCACACUUGUAGACACAUUGCCUAAUAAAAAAGUGGACUGUCUGAAACAAGCCUUUUUUUUUUUUUUUUGUACAAUUGAUAACCAGUGUGUGUGCAUAUAUAUAUUUGUCCCAAGAGCCUUAUUAAAUGUGACUUUUCGAUCUUACCAAUUUGCGAUUUUUAUGUUAAGGCUUUAAAAGACACAAAAAGCAAAAAAAGGGACUGUAUCCAUUUUUGUUGCCCCCUUGGCUGCUUUAUGAUACUUUUGUGUUUUGCCAUUUAAUUUUGAACCAGGAAGAAUCAUUUUAUGUUCCUUUAUUUGGAGGUAGAAUGUGGAUCAGUUUUGACCUGUUUUUUUCCACAGUCAUGGACCUGGAUUUUCUGUUUUCGAUUGUCAACAAAAAAUUUCCAUGCGGGUUUUUAGUUUUAUUUAUUUAUUUUGAAAAGGUUAAAAACAUCUGGAUGCAGAUUCAUACUCCAAAAUGUGAAAUAGGCCUACUGAAUUCCACAAAGUAGUCUUUGCAAUUUUUGUGUAGGCUAAUGAUUUUCAGCUUUAGUUACCCAUACUGUAUGUGCCUGUUCUUCUCAAACAAAAAAUAAAAGUUAUAAAAUAAAAUGACAUGGCAUUUUUA